CAACAAAUGUUCAGAUGUCGUCCGAAAAGACCGAGUUGUCUCCUGUGCCUGCAUCGGGAAAGCAAGAACUCUCCUCAGAAAAAAAUCGUGAGAAUGGGCAAACUGACAGAAGGAUGUUGCAGCCAAAGGCUGGCAGCAAGAGGCCUGGCAUCUUAAGAGUGAGUGGAACUCCUGCAAACUUCCUCUCCACAUGGCCGGCUCACAUGUCCUCACGCAUCAUUCAUCAUGGGCAGCAAAACUUCCUGAAGGAAAAGCCCAGAAUCCAUGGGAGUGAUGAUGGGCCCAGCGGAGCUGUGGGGAAGCCCCUGUUUCUGCAGCAGUUAGAAGACCACCUGAGGAGGGAGCUGCAGGACUUCAACCCAGAACUGCCCAGAGCCCAGGAGCGGAAACUACAGGCAUACCGGGAUGUCUUUGACUACUUCAUUGAGGAUUUCAGAACCUACAAGCCACUGCUGUGUGCCAUCAAAAAUGAAUACGAGAUCACUUUAGCGUACCUGCGGGAUCAGAUCCGCGAGCUGGAGCCGCUGCGGGCGCAGCUGGCGAGGUUGGCGGAGGAGGGCGAGCAGCGAAUCAUGGCCCUGCGCGAGGAGGAGAAGGCGGAGAUCACAGAGCUGAAGCGAGAAUGCCAACGCCUCCUCACGGUCAUCAGCACCAUGCGGGAGGAGCAGAACGGCCUGCAGGCACAGGUGAGUCGUCUGCAGGAUGACCUUCGUACUCAGUACCUGGCGUACCGGCAGGAGCACGAUGCCCGAAAUCUGCUCAUCGACAGAAUCAACAGCAUGGGCACGGUGAAGGAGCAGGAGAAGCAUGACGAGCAGGAGGAGGAGGACAUCCUGAAGCUGAAGCUGGCUCUGCAGGUGUGCCGGGAGGACAUGACCAAGGCGCAGGUGGAGCUGAACCGCGUGCUGGCUGAGUUUGGGGACGUGGUGCCCCGCAGAGACUGGGACGCUCUCGAGGAGACCCACCAGGAGAACCUGGUCAAACUGGAGACCCUGCAGACGGACUUUGAUAAGAUGAAGGCUGAGUAUGACAUGCUCCUGGAGGAACACAAACAGCUGGCACUGGAGCGGAGCAGCCUGCAGGAGGAGCUAGAGGGCCAUCAGAGCAGGGGCACCCCUCGGCCAGACUGGGAGAAAUGCGCAGACCUCUUUGGUGGUAGUGAAAAGUGGGCGGAGCUCUCAGAAGGCCAGUCCAGCCAGAAACUUCUGGAGAUCCUUCUGGAGCAGCUGGGGGGGGCUACAGACCAACAGGAGCAGGGUAUUGCAGAAGAUGUGCCAGCAUGCCUGCGGUAUGACGGGAAUUUGAAGGACCUGGGGCUGAGAAAGGCAGAUGCUGUCAGAGUCAUUAAGGAGGUCUGGAAAGAGAAGGUGGCUGAGGAUGAGCAGCGGGAGGAGAGCAGCGUCCUGGCCGAGUUUCUGCGCAGGCACCUGGAUAGACAGCAGGGCGCGAGGGCCGGGGACUGGGCCUACAGCCUGCUGCAGGCCUGUCGGCAGCACCACCAUGAUGAUAUCAUCGGCCUCUUCUUCGACAUCCUCACUGGGAAGGUGGAUGAGAGCUUGUACCACGGGCAGAUGCAGCUCCUGUCUCACCUGCUGAAGGAGCUGAUCCAGAGUGACCUCACAGAGAGCGGAGUUCUCAGCCCGCAGGAGUUCAGUGAGGCCUUGAAGAGGGCGUUUCCUCUGAAGGGAGAGCGAGAGAUUAAGGAGCUGCUGACAGCCGCCCAGACUGAACUGGGCAGCAGCAGAAACAUCACCUACCAGAGCCUCUACACCGAGGAUGCUGAUGGGAAGCACAGGGGCUUCCUGACUCUGCUGAAGAGGCAAGAGGCCGAGGAGAGGCGUCUCUACAUCAGCCAGCUGCAGGACCAGCUGGGAGGCAAAGGUGAGGUGGAUGCGGGCGACCUGAGGGCAGCUUUCAGGAGCGUGGACCCCACCCUGGAUGAGGCCACGCUGGGCCGCUAUCUGGGCCUGGCCUUCCCUCUGUCCUCCAGCCAGCAGGGGGAGGCAGCCACCCACCUGGAUACAAAUGUGGUUCUACAGCGCCUCCUGGUGGCCAAUGUGAAACGAGCAGGACCACCACCACAGAACUGA